GUUGAGCAUGGACGAAGACUUGCCGGCUAGCAUCGUGCUCGUCGCACAGCUUGAGGGACACGAUGACUGCGCAUGGCACGUCGCAUGGAACCCCGCUAAACCCAUCUUAGCGUCGUGUUCAGCGGACAAAACCGUUCGGCUGUACAACUACCAUUCUACUGUCCCACCGGACGCCGGUGAAAACACUGACAAGCCAACGAUAGGCUUCUCCCAUACCACCACGAUCCCAACUGGCCAUACUAAGACCGUCCGAGCGGUCGCCUGGUCUCCUUCCGGCACAACGCUCGCCACCGCUUCGUUUGAUUCGAACAUUGGCAUCUGGGCCCAGGAGGAAGAAAACGGCGGUGAUAGCGGCGAUGCUGCAGUGGGUGCGGGGGAGUGGGAAUGUAUGAGCUUGCUGGAGGGCCAUGAGACCGAAUGCAAGAGCGUAGCCUACUCUAGCUCGGGCAAUCUACUCGCGAGCUGCAGUCGAGACAAAACUGUUUGGGUAUGGGAAGUUCACCCCGACUCUGACUUCGAGUGCAUGGGCGUGCUCAUGGAGCACUCGCAAGACGUCAAGUGCGUGGUAUGGCACCCCACCGAAGAGAUCCUCGCCUCCGCUUCCUACGACGACACCAUAAAACUCUAUGUCGACGAUCCCUCGGAAGACUGGUUCUGCUUCCAGACGCUCACAGGGCACAGUUCCACUGUCUGGACCCUCGCGUUUUCCCCAAAUGGCCGCUUUCUCGCGUCGGGCUCGGACGACAACACCAUACGCAUAUGGGAGCGUGUACAGAACCACAAAUGGGAGUGCGUCUCGAUCCUGAAGGGCCACAAACGGAGUGUCUACUCUGUGAGUUGGGGGAAGGGGAAAUCCACGGGCGAUGAUGAGCUCGGCUGGCUCGCGAGCACCGGUGGCGACGGGACGAUCUUCGUAUGGAAGAUGAGCGCAACUCCUUCGUCGGCUGAAUCUGGAAAGAGCACCGUUUCCCACCAGUUGAUUGCACAGCUAUCGUCAGCACACGGUGUCUCUGAUGUGAACACCAUCGUAUGGUGCCCACGAUCCGGCUUCGAAGAUGUCUUGGCCACCGCAGGCGAUGACGGGUUCGUCAAGGUCUGGAAGGUGGGACCACGGUAGCGAACGACACACAGGCUGCGCCAUUACUGGAGCAGGAAUAUGGUCAUGGAACCAAAUUUGUAUCGGUAUGUACGACAAUGAUGUCAAUUCAUGUAUAGUGAUACACAUGAUUCAUCCAGUGUAGAGCCUAGUCCAAUUCAGCAUAUUCCAUU